UUGAUUUCUCGAUUUUUAUUUGUCUUCGUUUUAGAGAUGCCAUAUCGAGAUGUGACAUAUUCGUUUUCUUAUUCAUCCCGUCCGUCUGUGAUUGUUUGUGGGUUUCCAUUGUCAUAAUUGAUAACAAAUGGCUCUGGUUGAUGUUGAUUCAUGGUUAACGGAAUAUGAAUCUUGUUCCCGAUUAAAUCACACUUUGCUGUCGCAGCUCAAUGAGAGGGAUGGCAAAAUUCAAUCUUCGCCAGAUUAUAAUCGCUUGACACUAUCCAUACAAGUGGGUAUUAAACAAUUCGACCGAGAAUUGCAGCAAUUGAAAUAUGAACUGAAUGGGGCGUCAAAAAAUAAAACCAUAACAUUUGAAGAAAUCGAACGACGACAGCGCCUAUUGGACGCGUUACAAUCCCAACGUCAGAUUUUGCAAAAUAAAUACACUAAUACCACACGAAAUGAUCGUGCCGCAUUGUUGGAAAGCAAUUGGCCGUCAACAUCUGCUACUAGAGAUGUGGCCGACACUGCCGACGAAGAUUCAGCAGCCAUAAUCGAUGUUGAACGAUUGAAGCAGGCGCAAAUAGAUAUGAUGGAACAACAAAAUCAAGGUUUAGAAACUCUAUCACAGACCUUAGCACGCCAGAGAGCAUUAGCCACACAGCUGGGCCAAGAAGUUGAAGACCAAAAUGACAUUUUGGACAAUUUGGCCAAUACCAUUGAACGAGUCGAUACUGGUGUUAAUAGAGAGACGCGAAGCAUAUCAUUAAUAAAUCGAAGUGAUAGCAACACUUGUGGUUAUUGGGUCGUUAUUAUAGUUCUGUUUGUAGCCAUAGUUAUUGUUGCCUUGUGGUAAAAUAAUAUAACUUAGAUCUAAGCGUAUUCGUAAUGUCUGUAUAACAAUAUUUUUU